GUUGGUCGUUCUGUUUUGUGAAUAGAUAGAAGUGUUUGUGGGCUCGCUAGUAUGAAACACUGGCAUGCCCAGCGAUUUGGGCUUUAUCUUUGAAUUACAGACGUUUUUAAUCUAUCAGUUAAUUGAAUAUCGGGUUUUGGAGGAUUAUGGAAAACACACCAUUUCAGCGUUUUCCGGAUGGACCGCAGCAGCCGUCAAAUUCAGGUUUUUUAGACCCAAACUUCUGUGACACGAGAAGGGGAGCUUUCGCUCGACCACCUUUGCCUCAGCCAUCGUACGACUCUCCGGGUGCAUAUCAGAGUACGUCUACUGCUCCUGGUGGAUUUUGGUCUGAUUCGAGUAUUUACCAACAGCACGCUCAGCUAACUCCUGUUAAUAGUCAAAUGUUGAAUUAUGUUCAAACAGAAUGGUCCACGGCACCUCCUGCUGUUGGUCAUGGCAGGGAUGGGUACAGACCUCCAUUACCUCAACAAUAUAUCUUUAAUAGGGGACAUCCGAACGCUAUAGUCCCGGAUUUUGACCCAACGAGACCGCCUCCACCACUGUACGAGUCACAACCCGGGCAGUUUCCCCGCAGGUUUGACGACCGUCCUGCCACCGAUUCUUCCUCCAGACCUCCCUUAGACUACAUGCAGCGCGAAGUGUCUGGUAAACAGUGGCAGCAGGGCUCUGAUGUGCGACUACAUAGUCAGUUGGGAGCUUCACAUUUUAAUACACAUUUGGAAGAGCGCCAAGCUUAUCCGAAAUCUGGACCACCGAUUCGGACAGAGUUCCAGAAUGUAGGCAGUAAUGAGUUGCAUUAUCAGAGACAAAAUAAUCAACCGCAAGUCAACCACAGCUCGACUGAUCACCAGAUGCACAACGCUCGCUGGCAUCAACAGACUUACCAAGGCAGCCAGGACAGUGGUAAUUCGAAGGAAUUCCAACCUUCAAUUUCAGAUGCAGAAGCAAAACAGAGACUGAUGGACAAGCAGUGGCUCGUAAAUUUUUUGUUGAACAGAAAAACUGUAGAAUUUACUUCCCCUAAGCAGACGCGUGAUAGGCCAUCCAUCAGUCAAGUGAGGGAGACACUUUACAGCGCCGCUCGGUUAGUGUCUGAGCUAUCAGUCGCAUGUGAGAAAUUGAAAGAGAAUGUGGAUAAUGCAAAUAUUUGGACAGAAUUAUACCCCAAGGCAGUUGCCACGAAAAGCGCACUACUGGAGAAACUGAACCUUUUUAGUGAUUCUGCUUAUGUAGAAACCGUCAAGAAAAAAUUGGCUCUCAUAAGUAAGAAAAGACUCAGGAUUCGGAGAAAAAAACGCGAGCUAAUUCAGGAGGGAAAAGAAGAGGAUGAAAGAGCUGCUGAAAGGGAAGCUGCCAUUGACAAGUGGCGAAUGAAACGCAUCCGCGAAGUCGAAGAGAAGAAAAGGGAGCUGGAGCUGAAAAUGGCUGCCGAUAGUGUGCUUUCUGAGGUGAGGAAAAAACAGGCCGAUGCCAAGAGAAUGCUGGACAUUCUACGCUCCUUGGAGAAACUACGAAAGCUGAGAAAGGAGGCAGCUGGUCGAAAAGGAAUCUUCCCUGAGAAAGAGGCGGAUGAGGUGUUUGAAGGCCAUGUGGAACGGCUCAGAAAGCUGAUACGGAAACGCACCACCGUGUACGACGCGGAGGAGAAGGCCCUCAGGGUCAUGCUGGAGGGGGAACAAGAGGAGGAGCGCAAAAAGGAGCAGGAGAAACGGCAGAAGAAGGAAAGGGAGAAGUUCCUACAGAAAAAAUGGGAGGUGGAGACCAUGCUCUUUGGAGCGGAAAUGCACCCAGAUCACCCUCUCCAGCCCUUCAAACAGUGCUACACACAGGCAGAGCAUUCUUUACAUGCCCUGAUUCAGAUAAGGAGAGAGUGGGAUGCCUACCUGGUGCCUGCAGAUCACCCUGACGGGAGCUUCAUUCCUCAGGGCUGGGUCCUUCCUGAGCCCCCCUCAGAUGAGACUUGGGCCUCGGCCCUGGAAAAGUAGCGGUCCCUUACAUACAGGCUGCUGGACACACCCACACACAUUCACUCUAUUGCACAAGCUGUAGGGCUGUUAUCAAUGUGUUUCUGAAAUCAACAAAAUUUACCAUCCUCAACCAAAUACCUUGAGAACUUUGAGAAUUGUGGGUAAAUGAUAUGUAAUGCCUCUUGGUGGAACAGUGUUCUGGAUUGAGGGCAUGGGUCAGUGUCCCAGUUUCCCCCCAGGAAACCACAUUGGUGAGAGAGCCUUGAUUUUCUCCAGGGAUAUGGGCUAUCUGUUUCAUCAAGUUUGUUUUCAUUCCAAAAGCAAUGAGACAGAUUUCCUUCCACGUGUGAUUUCAUGAAUAAAAUAUUUUUAGAAGAAAUGUUA